AUGGCGGACACCCGCGAAGAUGUCAAGAAGAAGUCCGAAGAGGCGCAGAUUACGGAGGUGUCUACGAAUACCACGGCCACAACGGCGAGCAACCAGAGUGGAGAUGAAGGGCGAACCUUGUGGCAGAACGUGAAGAAAUAUAGAAAGGUGGUGUGGAUUACGCUUGCAAUGACCAGUGCCAUUCUCCUGUAUGGCUACGACUAUGUCAUCGUUGGCACCGUAUCCGCCAUGCCUCGCUUCCAGGAAGACUUUGGCCAAAAGCUCGACGGCAAAUGGAUCCUACCCUCCAACUGGCUCGCCCUCUGGAACGUCUCCUCGCCUCUCGGCGCCAUGUUCGGCUCCGUCGCCGGCGGCUGGUUCCAGGACCGCGUCGGCCGCCGCAUCGGCCUGGGAGUGACUUCGUUCCUCUCCGCCCUCUCCGUGGCCGUCAUGUACGUCUCGUACAUACCCUCCUCCAUCGACGGACGACGAGCCUGCUUCCUCGCGGGCAAACUCUUCCAAGGCGCAGCUAUCGGAGGCGUCAUGACGGCCGCCCAGACCUACAUGUCUGAAACUCUCCCCCCGGUCCUACGAGGCAGCGGCAUGGCCUUGUUCCCCGUCUUCACGCUGUUGGGCCAACUCGUCGGCGCGCUCGUCAUCUACGGCGCCCUAUCCAAACGGAACGGCUACUCGAUCGCGUUUGGCUCCCAGUGGCCCUUCUCCCUCAUGCCCAUCGUCGUCUCCGUCCUCAUCCCCGAAUCGCCAGCUUUUUACGUACGGAAGCGCCGCAUCGACGACGCGCUAAAAGCCCAAGCCCGCCUCGACCCCCCCGGUACAAACACCCGCGCCGUCAUCGACAAACUCAUCAUCGACAUCGAUUAUGAAACCCGCACGGCGGGCAAAAUCACGGCCUCGUACGCCUUAUGUUUCCGGCCCUCGACGCCCAAUAACCUCCGCCGCACGCUGAUCGUCAUGUGGGCCAACGCCUUGCCGUCCGUCUUCGGCCUCCAGCUGCUGGCCAAGGCGAGUUACUUCCUGCAGGUCGUGGGCAUGGACGCGGAUGUCAGUAUCGUGUUUCUGAUCCUGGGUAUCGUGCUGGGGUUGCUGGCGAAUGGGGUUAGUGUCUGGCUUGUUUCGAGGGUCGGGAGGAGGAAGUUGAUUGUGGGGGGUCUGCUGGGCGUGGGGGGGUUGUGGGCGGGUAUGGGGGUGGCGAAUAGUUUGAAGGUGUCGGAGGGGGUGGUGUGGACAGCCGCCAGCAUGAUGCUCACCAUCCUCGUCGCCGGCCUCACCGUCUGGCCGUCCUCCUUCGCCGUCGCCGCCGAGACGUCCGCCCUCCACCUCCGCGCAAAAACACAGGGCAUCGGCUGGACCGUCAGCGCCCUGUCGACCGCCAUCACGGGCAUCGCCCUCCCCUACAUCUUCAACCCCGACCAGGGCAAUCUGAGGGGGAAGACGGGGUAUACGUACGUGGGCGCUUGUUUGCUGGGGGCCGGUGUUAGUUGGUACGUUGUGCCGGAGAUGAAGGGGAGGAGUGUCGAGGAGAUUGAUGGGUGUUUUGAGAGGGGGUUGAGGGCUUGGGAGUUUGAGGGGUAUGAUAGGGUGGAGAGGGGGAGGGGUGGAAGAGAGGGGAAGGAUGUAGAGGAGGGGUUGAGAGGGCUCGAGGCGAGGGUGGUGGUGGGAUGA